AGAAGGCGGCAAAACCGCUCCAUGACAUUAGGAGGUUGGCACACUAUUAGGGUAAGGACAGAAAAGUACUUUUAAAGAGUGUUCUUCGUCGGAAUUCAACGCUUAAUACGUCCCUCUAGCUUUGAUGAAUUUGAUAUAACCUUAAAGUGGUAAUCGGCAAGAAUGCUAACGUUAGCGCUGCAUUAGCAACUGUCUUUUCAUCAAAACAUCUGUAAAAGCAACAUGGAUCCUGGAAAAGAUAAAAAAUUAUUCGUGCUGGUUCAAAAACCAAAACCAAGUAGAAAGAUGAGGAGCCUCGCUGUGCUCACCAGGAACUUUGUCCAGUUACUACAGGAAGUAGGAAACACAGCGCUGGAUCUCAGAUAUGCUGUCGAGACUCUUUGUGGACACAAAAGAAGAAUCUACGACAUCACAAAUGUGCUGGAGGGUGCCGGCCUCAUUGCCAAAAUAUCCAAGAACCAUGUAAAGUGGAUAGGCGGAGACGAUGCACAGGAAGUAGCCCUAAAGUCAGAGCUGGAGGACUUGGACCGUCAGGAGCUGAUGUUGGACCAAGAGAAGCUUUUUGUUGAGGAGAGCAUCAGGAGCAUGAGAGAAGGCUGCACAUCUCUGGCCUAUGUGACAGAUGAAGAUAUCUGCAACUGCUUCAGUGGUAACGUACCGUCACUUUGCUGGAUUUUUUAUGUCAGAAGGUUUGUCUGUGUGGCAGCUUGACACCCCACCGUUCCAGGGAGCAGAGAUAAAACAGCAGACUGCUUAUCCAGAUGUUGCAGAAGUGUAAAUUGAGGGGAAACGAGCCAGUGGGAUGGUUGAACAUAUAGCGGUGCAAAGACUCACGAGUCCCAUUAAAUAAAAUUUAUAAUCUAGUCUGUUCGCUGCUUUGGCUCGAGCCCAUCUGACUGGUUCUGUGCUUGAGAAGGCAGAGCUCCCCCAGCCUGCUGUCUGUACCUGAUUUACGCAGCUUUGAAACACGUUCUCAGCUCAGCGGGCGUCCGAUAUCCCGGGGUGAGCCGGCACCUUUUCUCACUUGUUAUUAACGUCACGAGUGGAAACCUGAA